UUUCGAAUUUGAUUUUAGGCCUUAUGGGUCUGAUACAUAUUUAUUAUUAUUAGGUUUUAACAAAGUCUUUUUUAAUUUUUUUAUUCCUCUGAUCAAGUAAAUAUGCUAUGAAUUAAACCUGUCUAGAGUCUGUUUUUAAGUACUAUUCUAUGAGUUGAAUAAUUUAAUAUCUAUAAACAAUAAUUGAAUAAUAGGUUAUGUAAUGUUCCUAUAUAUUUUUAAUCUAAGUUCUGUACAAACAAAUCAAAUAGCUCAAAUAUAUAAUUACUUUAUAAUAAUAAAGCCUCUUUAUCACCUGUAACUAUGUCAGAAAUUAAAGACAAUAAUAUUUCUCAAGAAGUCACUGCGGCUACAGAAUCAUGUGAGAACACUAAUGUAGAAAUUAAUUUGGAAGAUAAAUGGAUGAUAAGAGAAUGUGAUCUCUAUAAAGAUGAAUAUAAAGAAUGUACAAGUUUUAGAGGGCGAUUCCAGCAGUAUUUUGUCUAUGGCCAGCCAGUAGAUUGUAAUCAAUGGAAAAAAGACUAUGAUAACUGUUGUAAAUGGGAAGACAGCAAAGAUAUAAAGGCUGCUGAAGCUCUAAUCAGCAGUGAGAAAGCACGUCGUUUGGAACGAUUAAGAGCACAUUACAGAAAUGACACAUGGAAGAAACGAGAAUCACCGCCAUCAGAUUGGGAAAAACCAUUGCCUGAAUGGAUGGUCAAAAGGGAUGAAAACACAUACCUUGCUCAUAAAGCUAAAGAAAUCAAAGAAGGAAAAGUUGAUAGUGACAGCAGCUUUUGUUCAAUUAUGUGAUGGAAAUUAUUUUAGUAUAAGUAGUAAAAUUUAAUAUAUUUAACAAAUUCUA